AUGCUAGUUUCGUUAACUAACAGUUUUCUGUCCAUUGAUUCUGUUUUCAUUCUUUCUCAGUAUGAUCCGGAAUUAGUACUUGUUUCCGCUGGAUAUGAUUCUUCAUUUGUCUGUCCUGUGGGUGGUUCUUAUCUGAAUACUUUAAGUGAAUCAAUUGGUCAUACUUUUUCUGCUCUAUUAGAUGAUCCAAUGAAACCAAUCAAUCCAAGUGUACAACCUUUCGUUGUCAAAGUUACAAAAAACUCAAUAAGAGACAAUGUGGUUGCUGGCAAUAUACAGCGAAAAGAAUGUACAUUAUUCAGAUGUUCAUUUAGUGAACUGCUAACAUCUAAGCGGCUAUCACUCAAUAUUUA